AUGAGAACUGUAGAUUGCGGUGGGCCAGAUGCCGAGUUUGACAAGGAUUUUGCGUAAGGAAAAAUGGUCAAAGUUUGCUAUAUAAGACUUUGAUAUAUUACAAAAAUUAAAGGUUCAACUGUCUGCUGCAAAUUUUUUUGUUUCUGCAAAGCGCCAGCUAUAGUAAAAGAGUGGUCUUUAAAAUCCAAAGAAACGCGAAAUGACUGUGCUGCCUUCCAACUUUUAUCGAAGUGGUAGAGCAUAAUAUGGCGAAUAUGACUACGGUUUUCGACACGCAUUUUUAUUAACAAAUAGAAAAGAUUAUUUUUAUGAAAAAAAAUUUACAAAACGCCUAUUUUCACUAGUAAAAAAAGGGGCCAAUAUGAACGCCGGAUAAUUAUGCAUCAACCUGAUAAAAAAUUGAAAAACUCUUCAGUUUGUCGCGCCUAAAUCGUUGCGUAAAGUCGCCGGAUUUACCCGAAUGUUCCAAUGUCACCAAGCCCGAAAUCCUGCUCCAAAAACUGUACUGGCACAUCAACCAUCCCCGGAAGAAUGGCAUCAAAUACUUUGAGGACUGCUCUCAAAUUGUCUACAAAACUCUGCCUCGAAAAUACACCAAACUUCUCGACCAAUACAAUACUUUGGGGUUUGGAAGGAACAAAAAACGAUGCAUUUCUAUUGAUGCACUUUGCGGGUAAGUGUAAUUUCAAGUUUAAUUUUUAAUUUUGAGCAACAUUUUGCAGCGAUCUCACGCAGUAUUUGAGGCCGUUCGUGUGCUUUAUGAUGAGGAAUUGCGAACGGAGGAUGAGCGAGAUGACUUACGCGCUGGCUUAUGGGUUUCAGCAACUCACUCUGGAACAGGAAGGACCGAUACGGUAGGAGUUUUGGGGGUUCUAACAAGACUUUUUUCGGUAUAUCUAACAAGCAGCAAAACUUUGAAACAAGAAGAGAAAGACAAUUUUUUGACAAGGAAAGUACUUUUACAGGGGCUCCUACUUUUCGACGGGAGAUAUCUCAAAAAUUCCGAAAAAUUGUGCUGAUCAAGAAUUUAUAAAAAUUAGCUACCCAGUUGUGGGUUUAAGGGUCGAAAAUGCCCAAAAACUGGCUUAAUUCCCCUACAAAAGGAGCAGGGAUUUGAAAAGCGCGUUCGGUCUCUCUUUCCGGGAGAGAGCGGUGUGGCCGAGUGGCUAAAGCCGUAGUCUGGAAAUCCAGAGGGGAGCCGGACGGGUUCGACACCCUUUUCGGGCCGAGUCAACUUUUUUUUGAAAUUGAAGGUAUUUUUACCUACGUAUUCCUAAUCAUCACAAUUUUUCGGAUUUUUUGAGAUAUCUCCCGUCGAAAAGUAGGAGCCCCCAUAAAAGCACUUUCCUUGUGAAAUUCAGGGAUGAUCCGACACCUUGAGAAACAUCCUGUGGAAAUUUUGCAUUCCUCUUUCAGCUGCUCUUCCAAUCCGUCGGAUUCACAAUUCGAUUUGAAGCCAGAAGUGUAUAAAAUUGGCCGGUCCAUAGAAGGAGUUCGCCUCGUCAAGGACGAAAUAUGCAAUGGAGUUGGGGAAGUGGAAGUGCUCACGGAGACCGAUCCGGAACACGUGUUCUCGGCCGCACUUUAUAAGCGAGUUCUCGCGUAUAAAGGGGAUUCGGAAUAA